AAUGGCGGCCAAGUUCAAUCUGGGUGAUCUUGUGUGGGCUAAAUUGAGCAGUUUUCCGGCCUGGCCUGGCAAGGUUGUACGACCCAUGAAGAAUGUCAAAAAACCUACUGGCAAGAAGCCUGUACAUUUCAUUUUCUUCUUUGGCACACAAGACUAUGCGUGGGUGAAAGACGACAAUUUAAAGCCUUAUGUGGAAUAUAAAGAGAAGUUAUCUAAAGCUGCCAAAGGUAUUCGGUUUCAGCGUGCCAUAGAAGCCAUAGAAGAUGUCAUUAGUAAUAUGUCAUCAGACAGAUCAAGGGCUUUGGAUCGACAAAGACCACCACCAGAAGGCCAAGAGGAUGACAUCUUUCCCAAGGCGAGGUCUAAAAAAGAUUAUUCCCGAUUUCUCGGUAAACCUAAAGGUGAAGUGACAAAAACUACACUGCCUCCACAGAAUCCAAUUUCAAAUAAAACAAGUUAUGCAUCCAAAAGGACUUCAGAAGCCAUUUCAUCACGAAGAAGUAGUGAAAGUAGUGGGAGUACAGGGUUAGCAACAAAACGAUCCAGGACACAAGUGAAUCAUGUCACACCUCUAUCAUCUUCACCUGCGGCAGCCGUGCCGAGCAGCAAAGAAAUAGUGUCCGAACCUAAAGUUGUGAAAGACAGGAUAAGUCCCACAAUAGCAAGGGUGGGUUUUAUAGGUUUAGGUACCAUGGGACAUGGUAUGGCAACAUCCCUCAUCAACUCAGGUCACACAUUAACAGUAUGGAACAGAACAGAUGAUAAAUGUAAUGACAUAGUUACACUUGGAGCAAGUAAAGCAGCGAGUGCUGCAGAAGUUGUACAAACAUCAGACAUUACAUUUUGUUCUGUAGCUGACCCAGAAGCCCUCCGUGAUGUUGUAUUUAACUUAGGUGGUGUCUUAGAAGGUAUUAAGUCUGGUAAAGGAUUUGUUAGUAUGUCUACGGUAGAUGCAGAAACAAGUAAGGAUGUGAAUGAGGCUGUUACCGCUAGAGGCGGUAGAUUUUUAGAAGCACCAGUUUUAGGAAGUAAGAAACAAUCCAUUGAUGGAACUCUUAUUAUACUCUCAGCGGGCGAUAAAACGUUAUUCCAAGAUUGUGAAUCAAGUUUUUCUGCCAUGUCCAAGAAAUUUCUUCAUCUCGGUAAUGUGGGCUCAGCAACUCAAAUGAAAAUAGCAUUGAAUUUAUUAUUUGGUUCAGUGACUGCCUCAUUAGCUGAAAGCAUGGCACUUGCAGAGAAAGCUGGCUUAGACUGCAGCGCCCUCAUGGAUAUAUUGACAACUGGAUUGAUUCUAGACCCAAUGGUGAAAGCACAGGGAAAAGCCAUGUUAAAUGAUGACUACCCGUUGACAGCAUGUCUUAAUAACAUGCAGAAAGAUAUGAGAUUAGUUUUAUCAAUGGGAGAUGAAUAUUCACAACAAUUACCUGUUGCAGCGGCCGUAAAUGAAAUGUACAAAAAAGCCAAAUCUCUGGGUCACGGAGAUGAAGACAUGUCUGCAAUCUACAAAGCAUAUUCUCAGUGAGAAACAGUCAGAGCUCUAUCUAGAACUGUCUGAAAAAAAACUGCCUUAAAACUCUCUGCCAUGGGAAGUUGCUGCUGAUUGGUUGAAAUGCAUCAUGUGACUUACCGGUAUGCAUGUUUGCUGUAUUUGCUCAGAUGUAGAAAUCAAUCAAGUGAAUGUUAAUACUGCUCAGUGCAGAGAUUGGUUUGUUGGAAACUUUUUUCCUAUGGAGAUAUUUAUGUAUACAUAUAAUUGUUUAGUCGUACAGGAAUUUAUUUAGACUUAGAACUAAAGAGGGAAGAAUGAAAUGUAGUUUGAUGUAAAUGGACAGUGAUUAAUGAACUCAUGGGUCGUUCUAUCAAUGGCUUAUGCUUGUGUUGCCUUUACCUUUUUUGAACACACUCAUUUUCUCUCUCAACAUUUUAGUGCUACAUUUUACACAUUUUUAUAUUCUUUUCCAUCAUUUUUUGGGGUAAUUUUGGACCAAAUAGACAUAGUUUACCAUUGGCUGCUGGUCUUGAUUUAAAAUAUCAGUUUAUUUUGUGAAAGGUGACACAAGUUGGCUCUGGUGUUCAAAAGGGUUAAUAGGUCACUUUCAUGUCACCCAUCCUGGUACUGUCAUUAGUAUGAAAAUCAAAAAUGGAUUUUUUUUAGUGAUAUUUCAGUAACGUUUCUUUUUAGCUACUUGAGUAAAAUGUUUUCUGUUCGGAACAAAAAGACACAUUAAAAUUACCCAAGUGUUUAUGUUGGCAUGCCAACAAAAGUACCAGGAUGUGUGAUCUUUAGGGGUCCAUAAGCAGCCUAUUACAGUGUUUCAGCUUAAGCUAAUGUCAGAUAUAGUUUCUGAUGAUGAUAAGAGACUUACAUUAAUUUGCCAGCUACUGUGAUACUGUAUAAUCUGUCUUUCUAAAAAUUUCACAGGAUAGUUGACAGGAAACUUUACUUUGACCCUGCAGUUUCAGUGUUUACCUCCAUUCAUCCCCUCUGCCUAGGUUACAUAGUGUAUAUAUGCCCUCCAUAUUCCGGGUACCAUCCCCUCUAUAGACAGAAUCUCAGGCAGUUUUUAAAAUUCACACAAGUACUGCUUCCUCUUUGUUCAAAGUAAUUUUUUUUCUCUUCAUUGAAUAUAAAUGGUAAAAGUCGACCAUUUUUAAUGAGCAGCAUAUGUAAUAAUUUUAUGUAUGGGAGAUAAUAUAUUGCGUUUUUCUUGGUUACGUCAAUAACUGUGAUUUGCUCGUAACCAUCAGGGUAUUUUCUUGUACAUUGUUUAAAUGUAUAAUAUUAAGUGGAAAGAAACUACAGGUAUUUCAUUUGUAAAACCUUGAUUGAUUUCAUUCUCACACGAUAACCUCAGUACAACCAAUCUGCUCAAUUUACCUUAAGUGCUUAUGUAGUAAUCUCCAACUGCUACAUCUGGCAAAAUACAUCUCACUGUAUCACCUCUCUGAAAUUACUCGGCUCUCCUUGUGUGUGGAAAGUACCAAUGUAUGUACAAUAGUACCUAGAAACUGUUUGCCAAAACUGAGUCAUUCCAUUGUCAUGUUUACUGUAUCAUAUCUUAAUGUUUUAUAUUUAGGUAGAUUAAUAAUGUAGGAGUUGUAUUUUAUAUUACUUUUUAUUUUAAAGCAGUUUUUUGAAUGUAUUUACUGGCACUGUAAUGUGUGUUUCUUGGGUUUAUGCUAAUCAUGGAGGUAGAAUUUCAGUUUCUGUCAAGGAUAAUGAAGAAUGGGGUGUGUGUACAGUUGCAUCUCACAUGGUUUUUCUGGUUUUCAUAUGUAUCUUUCUCACCCUCAUGUAGACAUACUUCUGUUCAGAGUCUGUUGUUUAUAGUCAAAUAACUAAAUCAUCCAUUGGCUGCUAUUAAUAACCAAACAACAUAAGCAUCUAUUGGCUGUUAUUAAUAGGCAAACAACAGAAGCAUCCAUUGGCUGCUAUUUAUAGCCAAACAACAGAAGCAUCCAUUGGCUGCUAUGAAUAGCCAAA